AUGCUUCUGUACAAGUGUUCAGUCCUUGUUUUGCUUGCGGCACCAUUCGUGAAGUUAAACCAUUUUCGUGGCGGUUUAUUGUCUUGGAAAGCUAUUAAUGAGACACAGAUAACAGUUCAUCACCGUCUGUCAUUUGUGUAUAAUGACAGUUGUCCGAAUAGAAAUUCGAGUGCCACUCUGAUAUGUUUCCCAGGAGGUGGAUGUAAUGAUAGUACAACAAUGAUAGGGCUGUGUACAGAGUCUAAUUCCACUGAAAACUGGGCUGAUAGUGAAGGAGACACCAAUUUUACAAUCACAAAUUCAACAUCAACAAAUGUAUACUUUAUUGGAUAUACAGGAGAUUGGAUAAGUCUAGUGAACGCUUCAAGCAUUUCGAGCUUACGAAUUAAAGUAAACGUUUCCACAAGAACGGAUACAGGAAGGAUCAACCAAUCUCCUGUUUCAGUGAUGGCUUCAUCUGUCAAAAUUCGAAGCUCGUGUGGCAUAGCAAACAUAGAAAUACCAGUGGUGGAUUUUGAUGGAGACUACAUACGUUGCCGGUUUCCUAUUACGACAGAAGAGUGUGGUGAUAUAUGUAACUCAACUAGCACUUAUUUCUCAUUUAUAGGGACAUCGUGCGCUUUGACAACUGGAUUGAUGCCUGAUGGAGACUAUGUUGUAGCAGUACAGAUAGAGGAUUUCACGAGUAUAUUAUCAUCAACUGCCCUAAGUAGCAUUCCUUUGCAGUUCAUUGUUACAGUAAAUUCUAGUGGAUCAUGUUACAUCGAUCCAUAUUUCAAGUCCAAUACUUAUCCAGAGGGAAGUGUAAUACAAUUUUUCAAUGGCAUACAACAGCAGAUUAAACCAACAGUCAUAGUUUAUGAUAGACCUGAAAUCAUUACUAAAUUUCAUAUUUUAUCACCACUGAAUUUUACGAUGUCUAACAUCUCUAAUCCCAUGGCUGACGAAUAUGAAACCACUAUUUUACUGGCAGAAACUUCAGAGAAUGAAAUCGGACUGUACAACUUGUGUUUUUCAGCAGAGUCAAAUUAUCGGUAA